UCAAGUGCUUGGUGCCCCUGACUCGUGCUUGUCAUUCACAUCUGUCAGCAGCAUAACCUUAACUUUUGUGUUCAUAGUUUAAGAGAUCGAUUUUCGUCAAUAUUCCCAUUUCCUCUAAUUAUGCAAGGCCGUUGACACCAUGUCCACCAGCACGAGCGAAUGGCCUUGGCAAUACCACUUUCCCCCGUUUUUCACUCUGCAACCCCACCCGGAGACCCGAGCCAAGCAAGUCUCAGCAUGGAAGAGCCUCAUUCUGGACUAUUGUCAGAAGAAUAAACUAUACAUAGUCGACGUACGAGAAGCCCACCAGUUGCCCCUUUUCCACAACACCACCAUGAACCGCAAGCUUGACCCCUCGGUCAUUGUUUCAAUUUUAUCCGAACUGGCCAAGACUGGCAAUGCUGCGGCCUUAGACAAGGCGAAAAACCGAUGGGAGAUUUACUGGCACACAUUAGAAGAGUGGGCCUCAAUGAUCUACGACCACAUUUGCGAGCUGGGGAUGCAGAACAGUGUGUUGACUUUAUUUGAACUCUCGCAGGGAGAUGACGUGCAAAGUAAGGAAUUCUCCGGGAUGCAGACCGACGUCCUGGUCAAGGUACUGAGGGUGUUGGAGAAUGAGAGGAAGUGUGAGUUGAUCUUGUCAGACGAGGAGCAGGGAGUGAAGUUUUUUUAAUUCGUUGUAAUAGAGGAAAUAUAUUAUUUUUAUUCA